AUCAAUUUUCUGCUUUGGUUUCUAUACUUGUUCCUUUUUCUCUAUUUUUGCUAAGAUGACUAAGAAUCAAGACAAGGGAAGGAGAAGAGCACCAAAGGGGCAUUUUGUAGUGUACGUGGGGGAUGAACUAAGGAGAUAUGUGGUUCCCUUGGCUUUCCUCAAGAACUCCAGUUUCCAGCAGCUGUUGGAGAAAGCUGCGGAGGAGUUUGGGUUCGAUAGCCAGAAUGCCAUUGUUUUGUCUUGUGAUGAGUCUACAAUUCAACAAGUGCUAGCUGCUUCAUCAUCAUGAUGACCAAAUUGGAGCUCCACGUUCAUUUUUUAUAGGCAAUAAAUUGAUUUAAUUAUGUGAGUAUAAAGAGAUACCUACAAUAAGCUUCAUGUGUUUUUAUGACCAUUGGAAUAAAGUUUACGUCCAAAU